AAAUAAAGCAGACGGAAAAAGAUGAAUCUUUCGUUUUCAUCUCCGAUUUUAUAUGAACAUUUAACAUUCUUGCAUAGAAGUUUGAGACAAAAUUGGCUAUCAAAACAGCAAGAAAUAAAUAUUUGUGCAGAAGACGACAAGAGUGAAAGUUCCAAGAAACAAGAUCUUCUUAAACGAAUAGAAACUUUGGUGAAUGAUUUAGUACAUUCAUUAUCAAAUGGUGUAUCUCCAGUCUUAUCUUAUGUCAGCUAUAAAGAUUGGGACUCAGUCAGCUACACAGAAGGGGGCAUAUUGGUACCAUCAGCGAAAAAGAAAAUGGCGUAUAUUCGCUAUGACAACGAAAAGUCAUUGAAAAAAUUUGGUUUGAUAGUGAAAGUGCUUUCAAUCAUAUACAAACUACUCCAAGAGAAUAGAUAUUGUACAAAACGAGAUCUAUACUACCAGGAUCCUGAAAGUUUUGGUAAACAAACAACUUUAGAUGGUGUUGUAGACAUUAUAGCUGCUAUAUUGAAUGUUCCAAGAUGGGAAUUAAAUGUGCUUGCCACUUCCAAGGGUUUAGUAUCUGGCGAUUUACAAUUUUAUAAUGAAGAUGGUCACCAUAUUGAUUGUAGGGGAUCAAAAGGCGGUAUUUCUAUUCCAGCUCAUAGAAAAGAUAUGAACAAUAUAUAUACCGAUGCAAAAUUCAUUCUUAUUGUAGAAAAAGAUGCCACAUUUCAAAAGCUGCUUGGGGAAAACUUCUGUGAAAAAUAUGCACCUUGUAUUCUUAUAACGGCUAAAGGCUUUCCAGAUUUAGGCACACGGCUAUUAUUGAAAUUAUUAUGGAAUCAAUUUCAGUUACCCGUGUUUUCUUUAGUGGACUGUGAUCCUCAUGGGUUUGAAAUAAUGGCUGUUUAUACAUUUGGAUCAAAGGCACAGGCGUGUGAAAAUCAACAUUUAGCUGUGCCGACAAUCAAGUGGUUGGGUAUUUUACCUUCUGAGUUAUCGGGAUCUCACAUUCCAGAAGCUACAUUGAUUCCACUAACUCAAAGAGAUGUUGAAAAAGCUUCAGAACUCCUGCGCAGACCGUAUGUCAAUUCCAAUUGGAGAUUACGGGAACAGGUAAACCAGGGUGAAAUUCUGUCAUUUAACAAAAUCAGUUUUCCUUGAUAAAGACGAGUGUAUCCUCGUCGAAACGUCGCUUGAGUA